AUGAAACAUGUCGAAAGACGACAAAUCAAUUUCGAAAGACUUGCAAAGUGGCAGGAUACUUUCCGUCAACAAAAAGGAACCAUUGAAGAACCUAACAUCACCUUGCAAGUUACCAAGAUCUUGUCCGACAAUGUCCAAAUCUCAAAACAAAAGGACGUGGACGUGGACGCGGAAGUUACGGUAAUCGUCAAAACACUUCCAAUCCACCCUAUCCAAACUAUUAGAAUCAAGGAACUCAGAAUCAAGGAUAUCGCUAUCCUCCAAGAUCUCAAGGCAACUAUCAAGGAUGAUCUUCUGGAAACAGUUCUCAGACCCAAGGACAUGUUGGAACGUGUAUUAGAUACUUAG